AGGCCUCUGCCCCCGCACUGCGCCUGCGCACAGGCCCGUUUCGGUAGCCAUGUUGUUGAAUCAACGGGGCUUCUAUUCUCCCGGAUCCUGUACGUCUCUACGUCUGCGGGUGUGAGAGGAAUCCGAGGCCGAGCCCGGUGUGCGUGUGAACGGGCAGCCGGUUCCCUAUCCCGUGCUGCGGACGUGAGUGGGGUCGGGGGGCCUCCCCCGGGCGGUCACCAUGACCACGGGCUGCGACCUGUCCCGGAGGAAUCCGCAGGAGGAUUUCGAGCUCAUCCAGAGGAUCGGUAGUGGCACCUAUGGGGAUGUGUACAAGGCACGGAAUGUCAACACUGGAGAACUGGCGGCAAUUAAAGUUAUUAAACUGGAACCAGGAGAAGACUUUGCGGUGGUGCAGCGGGAGAUUAUAAUGAUGAAAGACUGCAAGCAUACAAACAUCGUGGCUUACUUCGGCAGCUACCUGAGGCGCGAUAAGUUAUGGAUAUGCAUGGAGUUCUGUGGUGGAGGUUCCUUACAAGAUAUCUACCAUGUAACUGGGCCUCUCUCAGAACAGCAGAUCGCAUAUGUUUCCCGGGAAACGCUGCAGGGGUUAUAUUAUCUGCACGUAAAAGGAAAAAUGCACAGGGACAUAAAGGGAGCAAAUAUUCUUCUAACAGAUAAUGGUCAUGUAAAGCUAGCGGAUUUUGGAGUGUCAGCUCAAAUUACUGCCACAAUAGCAAAACGGAAGUCUUUUAUUGGAACCCCAUACUGGAUGGCUCCUGAAGUAGCCGCUGUGGAAAGGAAAGGAGGAUACAACCAGCUGUGUGAUAUCUGGGCGGUUGGCAUAACCUCUAUAGAGCUGGCAGAGCUUCAGCCUCCUAUGUUUGACUUGCAUCCAAUGAGGGCCUUAUUCCUUAUGACUAAGAGCAACUUCCAGCCUCCCAAGUUAAAAGAUAAGAUGAAAUGGUCAAAUAGUUUCCAUCAUUUUGUCAAAAUGGCACUUACAAAAAAUCCUAAGAAAAGACCUACCGCUGAGAAAUUAUUACAGCAUCCUUUUGUUACACAGCCAUUAAACCGCACACUUGCUAUUGAACUAUUGGAUAAAGUGAAUAAUCCCGACCACUCUAGUUUCCAUGAUUUCGAUGAUGAUGACCCAGAGUUUAAGUUUUGGGGGAUCUUUUCUCCUGCAUCUCCUCCUGUGCGUCGGGCCCCUCGUUUUGCAGCCCGUCCCAAGCCUCCUAUUGUCGUUCCUCAAAGAAUUCACUCAACAAGUCGGAGUGUGAGAGAAGAGAAGACACGCUCAGAAAUUAACUUUGGCCAAGUAAAGUUUGAUCCACCAAUGAGGAAAGAGACUGAGCCACAUCAUGAUCUGCUCGACAGGGACGAUUUUUUGGACAGUGCAGAAGAAAUAUACUACACUGCAAGAUCUAAUCUGCUGGGACAGAAUGGCCAGCGGGCUUUUCCGUGCCCUGCACAGGACCUACAGUUAGACUAUGGCCAAGGGUCUCAGAGUGGCUAUUUCCUUGGAGGAAACAAGAGUCUUCUGAAAUCGGUGGAAGAGGAGCUGCACCAACGGGGACAUGUGGCACAUUUAGAAGAUGAUGAUGGGGAUGAUGAUGAAUCAAAACAUUCAACAAUAAAGACCAAGGUGCCACCUCCUCUGCCGCCAAAGCCAAAAUCAAUAUUCAUACCACAGGAAUCAAGUGCUUCUGAAGAUGACAACCAAGGAACGAUCAAGAGAUGUCCCAUUUCAGAGAGCCCAGCACGGCCAGCUUCUUACGUACCUCCAAGACCUCCACCUCCACGGUUACCACUCCACAAGACAGGCGUUUUAGGUAAUGGCGUAGGUUCAUUUCAAGUAAAUGGGGAACGGGACACUUCGUCACUUCCUCAGCCGGUAGACAGUCGUACUACAAAGUCACUAAGUGUGCCUACACGGAAAGAAAAGAAAGAUGUGCCGAAGGCAAUAAGCAAUGGACUUCCACCUACGCCUAAAGUGCACAUGGGCGCAUGUUUUUCAAAAGUAUUUAAUGGUUGUCCCUUGAAAAUCUAUUGUGCAACAUCAUGGAUAAAUCCAGAAACAAGAGAUCAGUAUCUAAUAUUUGGUGCGGAGGAAGGAAUCUAUACCUUGAAUCUGAAUGAACUACAUGAAACAUCAAUGGAACAGCUUUUCCCGAGAAGAUGUACAUGGAUGUAUGUAAUGAACAACUGCCUUCUCUCUAUAUCCGGUAAAGCUUCCCAGCUGUAUUCCCACAAUCUCCCCGGCCUGUUUGAUUAUGCAAGACAAAUGCAGAAACUGCCAGUUGCUAUUCCAGCCCACAAGCUCCCUGACAGAAUACUGCCCAGGAAAUUUGCUGUCUCUACAAAAAUACCCGAUACAAAAUGGUGUCAGAAAUGCUGCGUUGUGAGGAAUCCAUACACAAGCCAUAAAUAUCUGUGUGGAGCCCUGCAGUCCAGCAUUGUACUCUUAGAAUGGGUGGAACAGAUGCAGAAAUUCAUGCUGAUCAAGCACAUAGAUUUUCCUCUGCCCUGCCCGCUCAUGAUGUUGGAGAUGCUGGUCGUGCCUGAACAGGAGUACCCCUUAGUGUGUGUGAGUGUCAGCAAGGGCACGGACUUUAACCAGGUUGUACGAUUUGAGACUGUGAAUCCCAACUCCACGUCUUCCUGGUUUACAGAAACCGAUACCCCGCAGUCGGAUGUUGUCCACGUGACACAGUUAGAGAGAGAUACCAUCUUAGUGUGCUUGGAUCGUUGUAUAAAGAUAGUUAAUCUUCAAGGGCGGUUAAAAUCCAGCCGGAAGUUGUCUUCAGAGCUCACGUUUGAUUUUCAGAUUGAAUCUAUAGUUUGCCUACAAGACAGUGUCCUUGCAUUUUGGAAGCAUGGUAUGCAAGGGAGAAGCUUUCGAUCAAAUGAGAUAACACAGGAAAUAUCCGAUAACACACGGAUAUUCCGGCUGCUUGGAUCUGACAGGGUUGUUGUUUUGGAAAGCAGACCAACAGACAACCCCACAGCCAACAGCAACCUGUAUAUCCUGGCAGGACACGAGAACAGUUACUGAAUUCAUAUUGCACAGGGAGCUGUCAUCCUGGUAACACUAUCGCUUGAGGAUCUACUGUCCUGGCAGGAAGGUUGGCUAGCAGAUAACUGCGGGAAAGCAUUUCAGGAUUUUCGUAACUGCAGAACCGCAUGUUUGAUACAAUAGCCAAAACACAAGCAUUCUAUCUGUACCACUUUGCACAGGUCACUCUGCAUUUCAGUCCAGCUGAAAUAAUGUGGUUACAGAUACUGGAAUUGUGGAAAGUGUGUUACAUGGCAGGAUUCCGUAUUCCUGCAAGAGCAGCUUCUGCUCAGAACAAGACUGCAGCAACACGUGUUUGUUUUUAUAUACAUAUUAUAUAUACAGAUAAUUUAUUGUGGCAUGAGUCAAUAAUGAGGAAAAUAUUGCUUCUAUGUGUUAUGGACACAUUUAUUCUUAAAUCCCUCCCACAUAAGUGCUGCAUCCACAAUUCUGUAAUCUUUGCACAUACAGGUAGUAUUAAUUCUUAAUCACCCUGCUGUGGCUGAGACUUCCUGUAGCCGAUGUUCUACUGUACAUAGUAAAACUUUUAUGACAUACAAGUGUCUUAAUUGUACAGAUGUAAAGUUGGUCCGAUACCAUAGCUAGGAGGGCAGGGUCGGUUAUCAUGUGAUCUAUAUCCUUCUCAUUUGCCUGGCGACUAGUCCAGCUAUUUAGCUUGGACCUUUGAAAAAGAACACAAAUGUUUAUUAACACUAUUGUAUUUUUUAUUCUGUGUCAUUUAGUAAAGCCAAUAUACAUUUUUUUUGUAAGUCUAAAAUAAAUACUGUUAUCUAUAGAGAGGAGGUAAGCAUUUUUAUGAUACCCUUAACUUUAAUGCAAGUACACUGGUGUUUAAAUUUGCACAAGUAUUGUCAUGUAAUACAUUGCACCACAGAGGUCCAUAGUGACUACUGUGUAAUGCGUUGGCUUCAUGCCACUAAUAUCUUUGUUUGCUUGUUGCUACUGUUGUUUUUAGUGAGGAGGACGGCAAAAUGCACACACAUUAUAUAUAGAUGUAAAUAUAUAAAUCCUGUUUACUUAUGAUGCAAGAUUUCCUUUUCCAUAUCUAUGUACACGUUUUGUCUGUUUAAAGGGGAACUGUCACAAUUGUACAAUUUGGUUGUUUUUGAAUAUUACAAAUGAGAAAUGUUAAUCAGACUUUGUUGUCACAUAGUCAGCCUACCUGUGGUUUACUGACUAAGCAGUUGCUUUUGUGACUUAGGAUACCUCAGCUGCCUAGUCAGUAUUCUAAAAUAAUGAGGUUAUUCUAUAUGUGAUAAACAAAGGUGUCUAUUGUACAGUCUGUUAUAUUUCUCUUUUUUGUGCUGUUAAAUGACAAAUUAAAACUCAUAAGGCCAUAUUUUCAGCCUGGAGUAAAUCCAGAGUUGGGAGGGGAAGGAGCGCUUCCGAAGUUUAAUUUUAGUGUAAAUAAAGAACGGCCACGUAUUUGUGUGCUAGAUGCAGAUGAAGGCCCUUACAUCCCAACGUGGUUUAUCUCGGUGCAAAUUUGAUGGAUUAGCUGCUGACCCUAAUUAGACUAUAAUCUAUUUGAUUGUUUUAGUUUUAUGAUAGUUCCUCUUUAAUUUUACAUUCAGUCCUUCUGAGGUAUUCAAGUAAACCAGAUGCAGAAUCAGCCAUAGAUUUUGAAAAAUGAGGAGCUGAUAGAUGUGUGUACAUAGGUCCAACAAAAAGCCAGAACCGAAUGUGUUCCCUCUGACUUUGGAUAAACGCUUAACAUUUCAACCACACGCACCUCUAACAUUCCACUUUCUAAGAAUGUAUUGUUUCGUUGCUACAGCUUUCCGGUGGUUUUUUGUUUUGCCUUAUUUUCAUCCUUUAGGAUGCCUGUGAACUUGUGGCCAAAAUAAUUUAGUUACUACCUCAUGCAAAUAGACUAAAGGAGACUGCGCAUCAAAGGAGCUGUCCAUUUGUUUAUUUUAUUUUUAUUAUUCCUUUUUUAUUUUUUAUGUUUUUUGCCAAUUUUAAACAUGGCAACCCUAAUGAAAGCUUGACUUAAUGGAGAAUCCCAGGGAUUAUUUUUAGUAAAGGUUCUAAAAACAAAGUGGUGAUGUUGCCCAUAGUAACUAAUCAUAUUUUAGCUAUCUUUUCUCUUGCAUCCUAGAAAAUGAUAGACAGAGGGGUAUAUUCAAUUAAGGUCGAAACUGCCGUCCUGUCGAAAAGACGGCAGUUUUCGAUUUUUUCAGGUCGGAAGGCGUUCCGACCUAUUCAGUCCCCAGCUUUUUUAAUCGACAAGUCAGGGAAUUCGACUUGUCGAAUAGUACAUGAAUCUGCAGUAUAGCUGCGGAUUCACGUGCUUCUGAGGGAAACGGGGCCAAAUUCGACAGGUUUUGGCCCCGUUUUCAACCAUCUCAGUCCGACUUAAAAAAAAAGUCGAACUGAGAUGAGGGACCUGAGAGGAGGAGAGGGGGGAGAGCCGUGGGCAGAUGGGGGCCACAGUGCUACAGCACAGUGCUGCAGGUGGAUGUGGCACAGCCGCCGCUCACGGCAGCAUCCACCCAGCUCCAGCAAGUGAAGUCCCGCUUGCUGGAGCAGGGUGGAUGCUGCCAUGAGGUCGGGCGGCUGUGCCACAUCCUACUGCAGCGCUGCUGUCCCCCGUAUGCCCGCGGCUGUCCCCUGUCUCCCCGCUGGUCUCCCCCCUCUCCAGUCCCUCAUCUCAAUUCGACUUUUUUUAAAGUCGAAUUGAGAUGGGCAUUGAAUAGCCCUUGUCGGAUCCAUUCCGACAAAUGCAUGUCGGAAUGGAUCCAACCUCAAUUGAAUAUACCCCAGAGUCUGGUUACUAUGGACAAAAUCUCCACUUGUCUGUUUUAGUAAGUCUAUCCCCAAGACUUUAUUUCAACAUUACAUUAUGCACAGUAACAAAUGAGGCAAAUUUGAGGGCCUGAAUUGUACCCUUUCAUUGUUAUCCACCAUUGUUCCUCCAGAGACAAAGUAGUUCAUAUGAAUCUGUAACCAGCUUAAUAAAGGCAGUUGAGUUUUCUCCAUAGAUGAAGGAAUACCUCUGCACAUCACACGAACAGUUGACAAGUUUCUUUCCAUUGUACAAAGUAUAUUUUACAAACUGUAUUUUGUUCCCUUUAUAUGUUUUUGCACAUUCAAAACACUAAUCAGAGCAAAGAGCUGUAGGUGGUCUAUGGUGUAUAUUCUUGAUGUGGCAAUGCUUUUGGAUAAAUUGAUGAUUGUAUAUAUUGUAAAAUAAACAAGAUUUUUUUUAACAA